CGCUCCCCCUGCCCCAUGAUCAAUGCACUCGCAAACCACCACAUCCUCCCGCACUCCGGCCACGGCAUCACCAAAGAAGCCGCCGUCGCCGCCCUCACGCAGUCCAUAAACCUCUCCCCCACCAUCGCCACCGUCUUCGCCUCCGUCGCUGUGACCGCCAACCCGGAUAAAUCCGCUCACUCUUUCGACCUUGACCACGUGAACAAGCACGGAUUAAUCGAACAUGACGUCUCAUUGUCCCGGAAUGACUUCUUGCUGGGGGAUAAUCAUUCCUUCAACAAAGAGAUUUGGGAAGAGGUUGUGAAGACGUAUGGGGAGGAGACGGAGACGAGCUUUGAGAGUGUGAGCAAAGCUAGGUACGAGAGGUUGCUGGCGGUUAAGAAAGCGCAUGAGGAGGCGGGGAAGGAUUUCCAGUAUGGAAUUAAGGAGUUUGUGCUCAGCUAUGGCGAAUCUGCUCUCUUUCUCGGCUUGCUGGGAGAUCCAAAAGAAGGGAAGAUCCCGGUGGAGUAUUUGAGGGUUUUAUUUGAGGAGGAGAGAGUUCCGUUCAAGGAGGGAUGGAGAAAGAGUGAGAGGCCAAUUACGCAGGGGGAUAUGAAUCAUAUGAUCUUCAAGCUGAUCGAGGGGAAUGAGCAUAAGGCUGCCGAGGCGGGAGAGGUGGGUUUGGGGACCGUUCAUGCGGUUACGAGUGCGGUCACCAGUCUUCUCCCAACGUAUUGCACUACUAUGUGA